CAGUGCGGCGGCAGGAGGCGGCGACGUCGCCGAGGAGGAAGCAGGCCCGGGCGCGGAGAGGGGGGCGGCACCGAGGGCCUUGCGCCGCCGCCGCGGGUGCUUCGCCUCACAGCCGCCAUGGCCACCCUCCUCUUCCUCCUCCUCGUCUUGCUGCUGCUGCUCCUCCCCUCUGGCCAUGCCCCCCGCGGGGGCCUCGCCCGGCUCUCCCGCCAGCCCGCCCCGAGGCUGAAGUUGCCGCCGCCGCCGCCAGGCCCCUCGCAGGGGAGCAUCGCCGUCUCCAGGGAAACGCGUCACUCGCCGCCGCCUCUUCUUCCUCUUCCUCCCGACGGUCGCCUCAGACAGCGACAGCGCCGCACUGCGCCUGCGCGAGGGGCACGCUCGUAAGACGUGUAGCAACAGCAAACCCCUUGCGUAGGGAAGGAGGAGGAGCAACAGCAACAGGACGCCAAGCAGAGGCGGAGGGAUGGUCACGUGCGCCACGUGGCGCGGUGCGCGCUGGGAUGCGUAGUCCUCUCAGGAAAAGGGGUGGGCCGAAGUGAGACGUUCACUUCAGACAGAUGUUAUCAUGCGCGUUAGUUUCGGAAUAAGCCUGCGUUGUUCUUGUUUUGCUUUUUUUAAAAGCCCAAGGGCCUUCUUCCCUGAGGCGUGAAGCUGUCCGGGGCAGGGGGAGGAGGACGCCGGCGGCGGAAGUGACGUUGGCCAGCCGCCGCUUCUUCCCCUCCCCCUUCCUCCUCCUUCUCCUCCACCGGUCUUGUUGUUGUUGUGCGUGAGAGGAGCCGCGGAGGCUCCUGCCCGCCCGCCAGGACCCGGCCGCAGACUUGUGACUCAGAUGGACCAGUCGUCCCCAACCUACAUGAUUGCCAACUUAACUCCAUUGCAUUCAGAACAACUCCUGCAGGGCCUGAACCUCCUCCGGCAGCACCAUGAGCUCUGCGAUAUCAUCCUUAGUGUUGGAGAUGUCAAGAUCCACGCCCACAAAGUGGUGCUUGCCAGCAUUAGCCCAUAUUUCAAAGCCAUGUUCAGUGGCAACCUCUCGGAGAAGGAGAACUCAGAGGUAGAAUUCCAGUGCAUUGCUGAGGCAGCCUUACAGGCCAUAGUGGAAUAUGCCUACACGGGGACUGUGUUCAUAUCACAGGACACGGUGGAGUCUCUCCUGCCUGCUGCCAACCUCCUGCAAAUCAAGCUAGUGCUGAAGGAAUGUUGCACUUUCUUGGAAAGCCAGCUGGAUCCUGGAAACUGCAUUGGGAUCUCUCGCUUUGCCGAGACUUAUGGCUGCCAUGACCUCUACUUGGCUGCAAACAAAUAUAUUUGCCAGAACUUUGAAGAGGUUUGUCAGACAGAAGAGUUUUUUGAACUUACUCAUUCUGAGCUGGAUGAGAUUGUGUCCAACGACUGCUUGAAGGUGGUGACUGAGGAGACUGUCUUCUAUGCGUUGGAGUCUUGGGUCAAGUAUGACGUGCAGGAACGGCAGAAAUACCUGGCACAGCUCCUGCACUGUGUGCGACUACCCCUGCUGAGUGUCAAGUUCCUCACAAGGCUCUAUGAAGCCAACCAUCUCAUCCGGGAUGACCACACCUGUAAGCACCUGUUGAAUGAGGCCCUGAAGUACCAUUUCAUGCCGGAACACAGGCUUUCUUAUCAGACGGUGCUAACGACACGCCCACGUUGUCCUCCUAAAGUGAUCUGUGCUGUGGGAGGGAAAGCUGGACUCUUUGCUUGCUUGGAAAGUGUUGAGAUGUACUUCCCUCAGAAUGACUCCUGGAUAGGCCUGGCACCUCUGAGCGUCCCUCGCUACGAAUUUGGAAUAUGCGUCCUCGAUCAGAAGAUCUAUGUGAUAGGAGGGAUUGCAACCCACGUGUGUCAGGGCAUCAAUUACCGGAAACAUGAAAGCUCUGUGGAAUGCUGGGACCCAGACACAAACACUUGGGCAUCCCUGGAGAGUAUGAAUGAGAGCCGGAGCACCCUGGGGGUAGCGGUUCUGUCACGAGAAGUCUAUGCCUUGGGGGGCUACGAUGGACAGUCCUACCUGCAGUCAGUGGAGAAGUACAUUCCAAAGGCUAAGGAGUGGCAGCCUGUAGCUCCAAUGCAUAAAACCAGGAGCUGCUUUGCUUCAGCUGUCCUAGAUGGAAUGAUCUAUGCCAUUGGUGGCUAUGGUCCAGCUCAUAUGAACAGCGUGGAAUGUUACGAUCCCAGCAAAGACUCCUGGGAGACAGUAGCUCCAAUGGCUGACAAAAGAAUAAACUUUGGCGUCGGGGUUAUGCUGGGCUUUAUUUUCGUAGUCGGAGGGCACAAUGGUGUUUCCCAUUUGUCCAGCAUUGAGCGAUACGACCCUCACCAAAACCAAUGGACUGUUUGUCGGCCAAUGAAGGAACCCCGAACAGGAGUUGGUGCAGCUGUAAUUGACACCUACCUUUAUGUAGUUGGCGGACACUCCGGGUCAUCCUACCUGAACACUGUACAGAAAUAUGACCCCAUAUCAGACAGCUGGAUGGACACAGCUGGUAUGAUGUACUGCCGAUGCAAUUUUGGCUUGACUGCACUUUGAAGAGGGAGCACUUGAGGACACAGCCAGCACAGGAGAUUGCCAGACUGAGCAGACCAGGAGGUGCAUUUCCGGAGUUGGGAGAAAGGGAGGAAAGCGUAAUAGAAAUGCAGACAGGUUAACCCCAAUUGAGAAUUGUUCCUGGUUAUUUUUGAGCACAAAGAACUGAAGAAAAAGAUGGAAUCAUGUUUCUAAAAGGGUUGCGUAUUGUCACUGACAUGAAAUAAUUCAUCUCAAUAUAAGAAGUACUAUUGUUGCCUGAGGUAGGUGUAGUAAUUCCCCAACUCAUUGAGCCUCUUCCUCCUCCGACUGACAUAGUUAACCUUGGUGAAGACUGUCUGGUUGGCAGGUGUCUGGCUCCACCUUUGCAGUAAGAGAAGACUAUGAUUGCUUCACAAUUUUUUGUGAACAGUUAACUAAAGGGCUGCCUCUCCCCCUCCCCCCGUGACUCAAGGUUUGUAAAUAAUCGAUGCUGUAGCCUGUUCACCUGCACUUAACUAUCCACUCCCUGUUUUUUUUAAACUUGCUUGAGGGGAGGUGGGGGUUAUAAGAAUGGGUGGCUAUUUUAAGUUGACAAGUUUCAUGUCUUUUUAGUCUAUACUCUUUGGACUUGCCUACACAUCUAAGAAAUAACUCUUCUUGCCCUUGUGCUUAUCUAAAUGGAAAGAUCCAUAGCUCACAAGCCUGACACAAAGAUAACACUUUAGGCAGCAAACCUUUCCACGCCUUUUGGUUUUUUUAAUGAUGUAUCAGCUUUGCAGCAUGUGUGUAAAAAUACUUCAGAAAGAUACAAGUGUCCUCCCCGCCUUUACACUCCAAUCUGUAUUAAUUGUCCCAUGUUUGACUGUAAGGAAUGCACAACCAAGUUUUCAGAGUGUUCGGAUUGUCACAUGGUGCUAUGAAGAUAUUUUUUUUGCAAAGCUUUUAACAAUCUAAGGCUGUCGUCCUUGGCACACUUGCAAGGAAGUAUAGUCCCAUUGAAACCAGAGGGACUAACUUCCAAGUAAACAUGCAAAGGAUUGCACUGCGCAGAUGGUUUGGCUGAAAGAACAGUGAUCUGCCUUGUCUGGAGUGGUCUGAAGGCUUUUGUUUUGAAUGCUGCCAAUUUAAACUGGUGGAUUCUUCUCCUCUUGGCGUUUUCCUUCUGCUUUAUUCAUCUGUGCCUGUGAAACAUGUCAAACCUUGUAACAUACUAGCAUUUCUUUAGAUUACUUUAUUUGGAGAAAUCUAACUCAAACAGAUUCUUAAUUAAUUGAAAGUAUAUUCUUCCUUAUAGACAGUUUUUGCCUUUUCCCUUAAAUGCUGCCUAAUUGUGUGUUUUGCUUUGUUUUUUUGAAAUCUGGCUACAUAGAGUCAUUCAGUACAUUUUUUUCAAAUGCUGCUGUUCAGCCACCCUUCAUUUCAGGAAGACUGGCCCAGGAUUAUUCAAUUGCACUCCAGUAGGAUAGCUCCUCUAACAAAUAAUAAUCUGAAGAGAUUGUCCUGAAACUUAGUUUUUUGUUCUGAGGAAGUGAAGCAAGACUCUCUGUGUAUUAAUUCGUGUUUUCAUAUAGGUGACUGUGAAACUAUUUCUUAAGCUUCCUUUUUUGUGUGUUUAUUAUUUAUUUAUUUAUUUGUUAUUUGAUUUAUAUCCUGCCCUUCCUCCCAGCAGGAGCCCAGGGCAGCAAGCAGGAGCUUGCCAACAUAUGUUUGCCAACAUAUAUUUCUGCUUCAUACAAGCAGCUGUACUUUGAUUUGCCAGUUUGGUCUCCCACUUUUUUUACUUUCAAAAUUAUUUUCCUCUUCUCUUUUUAACACAAGCCCCCCCCCCCCAAGUUAUCCAUAUUCACAAACAUGCAAUAAUAGGGUGCGUGGUUUGUUUGUGUUAAGCCUUUUACUUCUGAACUGGUUCCAAGUUCUAGUAGUUUGCGUGGCAGCUGGUACUGCAGCACAUGAUGCUCCCUUUCUUCUUCUUCCAGGAGCUCAUGUUCAGUCUAAAACUAGGAGAGCACUUUCUUCAGCCACUUUAAAAAGAAAAAGUUGCAUUAUAUUUCUCCCUGCACUUGCACGUACCAUGAAUUCCUCAAGCUCUUUUUAAGAUAUUCAAGAAGUACAGCAAAGUUUUCAAGCAACUAACUGGCAGAACAAGCACUUUCUGCGUAGUGGCUUGUUAAUUCUUGUUCCGCAGCAAUAAUAGCAUAAUGCAGCAAUUGCAGUGACCUUUGACAUGUGGAAUUGCACACUUGGGGAAAUUCCCAUUCAUUUUCAUGAGGCUUGCUUGGGAGAUGUUCCCCAUGGAUUGUGUGAAGAAAACUUUAAGCAAUUUAUAGUUGGCAGUCAAAGCUGUUUUGGUUCCCCUGUGUUCAUGACCUACUUAAUUUCUGCUCAAGAAAAUGCCCGGCGAAAUGGUUUACAUGUGUUGGCACUCUCUCUGAGAUGCCUUUGAACUUAGAAGCAGAUUGAUGAACAGAAGCCUUGGCCAUGGGGUACAUCCUGAGGCCAGGCACACAAGAGAAAUGGCCAAAGCCUUUAAAUCGUGAGGGACGGGGAAAGGGUAUGGCAUGACCACUGAAACUAGAGGCCUUGAGGAGCUCAUGGUUGUCUGCCAUGUCAUUGUGCCUCCUGCAAAGCGUGACCUGCCAGGUUGUUAUCAUAAGCAGAGCUGACAAUUUCUCAUGACACUUGAGGACACCUAAGCCAAGGAUGUAUAUUUGACGAUAAUAGGUGAAUCCUGGCUGUGGCGAGGCUUGGUCAUUCCUAAGCUGGCCUGUUGGGAGGUGGCAUAUAGCACCCGGUAAAGGGUUCAGCUAAUCUUAAUGUGGCAGCUUCUCUGUCAAGGGCCUCUGGGCUCUUUUGGUUGGGCAGCCUGCAGAAUUGUUAGUUUAUUGGAAUAAGCCCUGUAGUUGUUCAUGAAGAUAGUUUGUUAAAAUGAUGCAGAACACUUGCAUUAAAAUCAGUAUGUUAAGGAGCAAAUAACUAUUUCAGUGAAGACUGGAUUGAUUCCUUGCAGAGUACCGUAAUUCAUGAGUGCAGUAGAUGCAAGUACAGGGAAUAGCAUAUUCCAGUAAGUUUGCCAGACUCGUUUCUGUUUGGGAGCUUAGAUUUCAUGUUCCCCAUUCACCUAAGUGCUCAGGUAUAGGCAAGUUGGACGGCCAAUGUUUCACUCUUGUAGGCUGCAAUAAGCUUAUUUUAGUUCAGCAGUGGUUUUGUCAUGCAGAGGCCUUUACUUCUCGUUGUACAGAAUUAUUCAAAUUACUACUUUUUAACAUUUAUGGAAAAGCACCUUAACGCUUAACUAGCUGCUUGUUCUUGGACGUUUCUCUUGUUUUGAAAAGUAAUGGUUGAACAGGCAGCUUGGUAUGUAACUUCGGGAAGGUAGAAUUAUACAUACGUACCAUCCCAAACUAUUUGGGAAAGCAUCCCUAGAUCUGGGAAAGUAUAUGUCCAUUGUCAGCCUCUCGUAUUCCAGGAUUAAAAUUGGGAUGGAAUCCAAUAUAGUGCUAAGGCAGUUGUUCCAUAAGUGCAAGGAUCUCUGCUUGUGCAACAUAUAAUGUUCUCCCUCUCUCCAUCCCCCUACAUGUCCCCUAAAUCUGUACUAGAGAUUCCCCCAACCCUCUGCAACAGAUGUGGGGAGGGUGUGGAGCACAUAUGGAGGGAGGGGAAUCCCAUUGCGCAAGCAGGAAAUCUUGUUCUGAUGGAGCACUUCAGUAAAAUGCUGCCCUGAUGAUCCAUUUCCCAUUAAAAUGUUACACUCCUGCUAAAUGGAAACCUUGGUGGUGAAAGAAGCAGGCACUUUGCCCAUGCUUAAAAGUGCACUUCUCUCUCAUCAGGAAAUAUAAAGCUGAGUAAGUUUAAUGAUGGGCAGCAACUUCUGCUUCUUGGUGCCCCAAGACCCUUUGACUUUUGGCUCCAGAAAGGCUCUGAGGCACAAUGCUGGCAAGUGCUUCAGUUCCAAUAGUGGCAUUGUUGCCUUGCUUGCUUCUUCCCCACCUUCCACAGAUAGCAAAGUUCACUGUUGCUUUGUGACUCCUUCCAUUGUGUGUGAGAAUAUGAAAACACUUCACGCUUGCCUUAAAUCCCUCUCAAUUCAUUGACUGAAGAACUGAGUGACGAUUCCUCUCUUUGCCUUACCCUGCUGUGCUGUCACCUGUCUGGCCCAAAGCAAACCCAGCUUUUCAACAGGAUUCUGACCCCUCAUGCACUGUACUUUUCAAGGGGAUUCUGGCCUGCACAGAGCUGUUUUUCUCUGUGGCUUUUAUCAGGCAGCUAGGAUCGCUUCCUACCAGCAGGUGCCAUGCCCUCCCACCCUGUUUACAAAGGUGGCAUUUGAGCUGAGUGGGAAACUGCUGCGUAACUCCCUUGGGUUUGUGUAUGUGUUUGCUAGCUGUAAUAAUGUUCUGUUUAUCAUUGUAACAGUAUUUCAUUUGAUUGUGCAAUGUUUACUAAAUAAAUCUGUGAA